AUGUUGAGAAAAUUAAUAUUUAAUCAUCAGCGACAACAGCUAAAAUGCCUGGCAACAAAGGCAACGCUGCCAAAGCUUGUGAAUCUGGAGCCGGAGCACAUCGAGGAAGCUAUCAAACUGGAACCGGCUCUCUCCGUUUACACGCCCGAGCUGUGGCGCCGAGCGCAUGAAACAUUCCAGAAUCAUGGUCUGGAGACCGUCAACUUCCUGAGAAUUGUGACCGCAAAUCCAAAGCUGCUUCAGCGUGCGCCUCAACGUAUUGUGAACAGCUUGGAGAUUUGGCGUGCCUGUCAAUUUGGCGAGCAUCUGCUGCAUCUGCUUCUGACCAAAUACCCCGAGCUGCUGGACGUCAACGAUGCCCAUCGGCUGCUCUCAUUGAUCGCUUAUCUAAAGAGUCGCGUCUCAACAAAUAAGAAUGUGUGGAAGCUGCUGAUGAACAGUCCCGAUUUGUUGGAGCAGUCGGAGCAGACCAUUGAGGAGAAGCUCAACUAUCUGUUUGAGAUUAUGCGAAUCGAGGUGCCUGAAAUUGUGAAAUCCUCAGCGCUAUCGCUGCCUUUUGAGGAACUGCGUUGCCGACACACGUUUCUGCUCCGCUUGGGUUUAUUUAAGCCACGUGCCUUGAAAGCGGAUCCCAACGAGCCGACAACAAACAACAGGCUCUAUCAGCUCACGGAUACUUCGGAGAAAUCCUUUGCCACCAAAAUUUGUCAUGUGACGCUGCCCGAAUAUGAAGCAUUCAAGGAGUUAUUGGCACGUGAAUUGGAACGCAAGACACGAAAACGUAAGGAAGAUCCGUUCAGUGAUGACGAUGAAGAAGAUUAAACAAAGUUUUGUUUAAUAUACUCAAAGUUGUUCAUUUUGGUGUGUAAAAUUAAUACACCUAAA